CCGUGUGUGACUACUAGAAAGAAUAUAACAAAGACGAUGAUUGACGAAUCAGGAAUGGGAUCAACAGAGUCUUCAAACAAGGCAAUGGCAACAACACAACGUACAUCAACUGAAAUGUCAACAAAACAGUCUACAACUACCGAAACGUCAACCCCACCAACAACUGAAACAUCAACAAUACAAUCUAUUACUACUACUGAAAUGUCUACAACGCAAUCUACAACACCGUGUGCACCUACAACAAUGUCAUCUGAAUCUACUACGACAGAACCAUCUACAAUAAAAUCUACAACUACUACUACUACUACUGAAAUACCUACAACGCAAUCUACAACACCGUGUGCACCUACAACUUUGUCAUCUGAAUCUACGACGUCAGAACCAUCUACAAUAAAAACUACUACUACUACUGAAAUGUCUACAACGCAAUCUACAACACCGUGUGCACCUACAACAAUGACAUCUGAAUCUACUACGCCAGAACCAUCUACAAUACAAUCUACUACUACUACUACUAUUACUGAAAUGUCUACAACGCAAUCUACAACACCGUGUGCACCUACAACUUUGUCAUCUGAAUCUACGACGUCAGAACCAUCUACAACUCAGUCUACCACGUCAAAAGUGUCAACAACACAGUCUGCAAUCACAGAAACAAGUCAGUCUACACAGACAGCUAUGACGCAAUCGAUUAGUUCGGCAACGUCAACAACAGCGGCUACGACGAUGCAAGUAUCUACAACACAGUCUACACCAUCACAAAUGUCUACAACUACUUCUACGACAACCACAGGAUCACCAAUAUCAACAAUGAUGACUACAACACCGGCUCCAAAGUGUGACCCUACCGUUUAUAACCGAUUUAUACAAGGCAUCAUAGCAUACAACGGAAAACUGUUAAAUGAGCUUGUAUCAGCCACAGCGGGAUCUUCUUUUGUAUUUUCAACUACUUCUAUAUUUUAUCUGCUAGGUAAUGUAGGACUUUUUCAAACAGAACCAGAAAUAAAAGAAACAUUAACUACGCUGAAUUUACAAAACAAAGAACAGAUACGCUGUGUCUACCCAGAAAAUAGAAUUAAGUUCGACAAAGAAACAAGUAACAUGAAUUAUUAUUACUUGGAUAGCGUAUACGUUUCAAUGGAGAACCCAAUCAGUGACGAUUUCAGAGAUGAUUCAAACAUUGUUUUUAAUAAUUUGGUACAAAAUGUUAAUUUUACCAAUCGCGCUCAAACUACAGAUGAGAUUAAUCAAAAUAUUGUAAAAAUACCACAUCAAGAGAACAACGUAUCACUAAUAAUUGUCCUGCCAGAUAGUCCUAGUAAGAUAAACGAGGUCGCUAAGAAACUUGAAGAUCCACAAAUCAAGAACCAAGGAAUAUCAUGGUAA